GGUGGGCUGACGGCGGCACCAGGGACCCCUGGAGCGGAGUGGGAAGCGCGCCCAACCACCAUGCCGCGUUCGUUCCUGGUUAAGAGCAAAAAGGCUCACAGUUACCACCAGCCGCGCUCCCCGGGACCCGACUAUUCCCUCCGCCUGGAGAAUGUACUGGCGCCAGGCGGAGCAGACAGCACCUCAAGCACAGGCGGGGCGAAGGCGGAGCCCCGGGGUCAUUUGUCUCCCGAGUCUCAGCUGACCGAAGCCCCCGACAGAGCCUCCACGUCUCCCGGCAGCUGUGAGGGCAGCGUCUGCGAUCGGAGCUCGGAGUUUGAGGACUUCUGGAGGCCUCCGUCGCCUUCUGUGUCUCCAGCCUCGGAGAAGUCGGUGUGCCCGUCGCUGGACGACGCUCAGCCCUUCCCCCUGCCCUUCAAGCCGUACUCGUGGAGCGGCCUGGCAGGUUCCGACCUGCGGCACCUAGUGCAGAGCUACCGGCCGUGCGCGGCCCUGGAGCGCGGCGCUGGCCUGGGCCUCUUCUGCGAGCGUGCCCCGGAGCCAGGCCACCCCGCGGCCCUGUACGGCCCGGAGCGGGCUGCGGGCGGCGCGGGGGCCGGGACGCCCGGGGGAGGCAGCGCAGGAGCAGGAGCUGCCGGUGGUGCGGGCCUGGGGCUCUACGGCGACUUCGGGCCGGGGGCGGCCGGACUGUACGAGCGGCCGGCGACCGGCGGCCUGUACCCGGAGCGCGGCCACGGGCUACACGGCGACAAGGGCACCGGCGUCAAGGUGGAGUCAGAGCUGCUGUGCACCCGCCUGCUGCUGGGCGGCGGCUCCUACAAAUGCAUCAAGUGCAGCAAGGUGUUCUCCACACCGCACGGGCUCGAGGUGCACGUGCGCAGGUCCCACAGCGGCACGAGACCCUUUGCGUGCGAGAUAUGCGGCAAGACCUUCGGGCACGCGGUGAGCCUGGAGCAGCACAAAGCCGUGCACUCGCAGGAACGGAGCUUUGACUGUAAGAUCUGUGGCAAGAGCUUCAAGAGGUCAUCUACACUGUCCACACACCUGCUCAUCCACUCAGACACCCGGCCCUACCCCUGUCAGUACUGUGGCAAGAGGUUCCACCAGAAAUCAGACAUGAAGAAACACACCUUCAUCCACACUGGUGAGAAGCCCCACAAGUGCCAGGUGUGCGGCAAGGCAUUCAGCCAGAGCUCCAACCUCAUCACGCACAGCCGCAAGCACACAGGCUUCAAGCCCUUUGGCUGCGACCUGUGUGGAAAGGGCUUCCAGAGGAAGGUGGACCUCAGGCGGCACCGGGAGACGCAGCACGGGCUCAAGUGAGCACCCUGGCCGGCCGCCUGCACAGUUACACAACACUACGGAGGGCAGCCUCCCCACCUGCCACCAGCCACUUCUGCAGAUCCCACCCGCGUGAUCCGCCUUCCCUUUUCUCCCUGGAGCCGCCAGAGGGGAUAAGUUACCUUUUCAAAGUUCAGCCUGGAGUGGGAACCAAAUGACUUCCUGGGCAGGGGACUCACAAAAUAGGCUCCUCUACAUCUGAAGCCUCCAAGUGGAGAGGCAAUCAGAUAAAAAAAAUCUCGGGUCUCACAGUCCUUCCCAUUCCCAGCCCUGUUCCACUAAUAGGAAAGUCCUUCAGGUUUCUUCCCUCCUCCUCCUCCUGACCUACCCCAGAUACUUGUGUGGAAGAGGAGGAAUCAUCAUUUACAAGGUAAACAUACUAAUGUUUUUAUCUGGAAUGAGGAAUGACUUUUUUUUUCCUUCUGGAGAGUUUAUUGUCCACUUUUUGUUGGGUGCUGCAUAUGAAGCUUGGAGGAAUUGUUUCUUCCAUUUGAAAAUUGGUUCAGAAGCUGAUUUGGGAAAGGAAAUUCAUACUUUUGAAAUUACAAGAUACAUUGUGGAACCUGCCCUAAGAAGGAACAGAAGAAAAGUGAGCUUGGUGAGGAGAAGAGAUUAGAGGUCCUCCCUCCAAGAGGCCUGUGAAGGCUUCUUAAGAAGAGGUGGAAGCACAGAGCAAUGUCUUUGGACAAGCUUGUCAUCCAUUCACUCAGCAAAUGUCUAUUGGCCACCAGUUACCGUGGUACCAGGCCCUAUGCUAGGUACUGGGGAGCCAGAGAGUAAAGUCUCUACCUCUGCCCCUGCCGUGCUCCAAGUAACUGGGUCUAUUCUUUCUCCCAAAGGAAUUCUGAGAUGAUAAAACAAAAUCUUGAACCUUCCCUUCUGACUGUUUGGAUUUUAUCAAACAUAAAUGAAAAAUAGCUGAAGAGAUACUUCAGAGAUUUGUGUGUAUAUUCAGUUUUUUUAUUGUUAAGCUGAUAUUUUUAAGAUGUCUAAGCUAGCAGGCAUGUGAGAAUGAAGGCUCUGUCUUCAGCUCUUUGAACCCUCCAUGUGUACCACAGAGAAAAAAAAGUGGAAUUUUUACUUUGAUGAAGUUUGUAAAUGUUUUUAGAUCUUCUGGAGUGCAUUAUGUUUGUUAAUACAUAUUUAUUAGAGUGAUGUUUUAAGUUAAUAAAGUAUUAAGACUCAUA